AGAAAGAUGAACAACGUUUUUGUUCCUUGUCGUAGGAAAUUAGAGGGCAUUUCAUGCAUUCACAAACUCCCUUGCAUCCGCCAAUCUUCUUGUAAAGGUCUAAUUCGUUCACUGUUUCACUUCCUACUCUUCCUUUUAAAUCCUUUCAUUAUCGAACUUAUUUACGUUUUAAUGGUCUCUGUCCUGGGUUAUUUGGCUUUGAGGGUCACAAAACCAAGAACUAGAACUUCCUUUAGGCCCAAGGAUUUUGAUUUGUUCUUCACAUCUGUGUCUUCCACAACAGUAGCAAGCAUGUCAACUGUAGAAAUGGAGGUCUUUUCAAACACCCAACUCAUCAUUAUGACCAUUUUGAUGCUAGCGGGUGGAGAGGUUUUCACUUCCUUGCUUGGACUUCAAAUUGCAAGGUCCAAGAUUGCCAAAUUUCAUGAUAACAAAGUUGAUGUAGAACUCAGCUCUUCUAAUAAGGCCUCCUUCGAUCGAAUAGAAUUUCAUGAUAACAAAGUUGAUGUAGAACUCAACUCUUCUAAUAAGGCCUCCUUCGAUCGAAUAGAGUUAGGUUUGGUUACCCUUUCACAGUUAGAGAGUCAGCAGAAACCUAACAUUCAAAAUGGUUUAAAAACCUUUGACAAGGAUAUCAAGUACAAGUCUAUUAGGUGUCUGGCCUAUGUGGUUUUAGGUUAUCUUUUAGUGGUUCAUAUAGGUGGUUCCAGUUUAGUUUCAUUGUACAUUAUCCUUGUUCCAAGUGCAAGACAAGUACUCAAAAACAAAGGCAUUGAAAUCCAAACCUUUGCUGUUUUCACCACGGUUUCCACCUUUGCAAACUGUGGUUUUGUCCCCACAAACGAGAAUAUGAUCAUUUUCAAGAACAAUUCUGGGCUUUUACUUCUUCUAAUUCCCCAAAUCCUUGUUGGAAACACCAUAUAUCCCGUGAUCCUUCGAUUUGUGAUUUGGGGUUUGGAGAAAAUCACAAGGAGGGUGGAGUUCAGUUACAUAUUGAAGAAUCAUAAUGAAUUGGGUUACAGUCAUAUGCUAUCUGGUCUUCAUUCUCUUCUUCUACUUGCCACUGUCUUGGGGUUCAUAGCAGUUCAGCUGAUACUAUUUUGUGCCAUGGAGUGGAAAUCUGAAGCCAUGGAUGGUCUGAGUGGCUAUCAGAAAUUUGUGGCGUCAUUGUUUCAAACGGUGAAUUCCAGGCAUGCUGGUGAAUCGGUUGUUGAUCUCUCCAUCAUCUCUCCUGCAAUCUUGGUGCUAUUUGUCUUGAUGAUGUAUCUUCCACCGUAUACUACAUUUGAUCCAGCAAUUGGUGGUUGUCAAGAAGGUGAUGCUUCCGGAAAAGAAGAAAUUCGAAAUCCGAGAAAGACUUUGCUGGAGUCUCUAAUAUUCUCACAGCUGACUUAUUUAACCAUCUUUGUCAUACUCGUUUGCAUCACAGAGAGACAAAAGAUGAUGGAAGACCCCCUCAACUUCAAUGUGUUGAAUGUUGUCGUAGAAGUAAUAAGUGCAUAUGGAAAUGUUGGGUUUACAACUGGCUACAGUUGUAAACGUCGACUGAAGGCGGACGGUGAUUGUAUAGACAAAUGGUACGGUUUGGUUGGAAGAUUUAGUACUGAAGGAAAGUUCAUCCUCAUUCUUGUCAUGUUCUUUGGAAGGCUGAAAAAAUUCAGUAUGAAGCAGGGUAAAGCAUGGAAGCUAUCUUAGCAUUCAAGGUAUCUCUUAUCUGUAACUCGCUCUGUUAGUUGUAUGUAAUGUACAAGUGCUUCAGUCACCUGUCACUAGCACUAUCGAUUUUCAAAGUCAAUGCAUGCGUGUAAGAUCUAAAC